UAACUGCAUCUUCCAGUAUUACAGCCUUGCUUUUGAAAGAUAGUUGUACUGCACACUUGCAUUUUAAAAUUCCUAUUGUAGUAGAUGAAAAUACAAUAUGUAAUAUCAAGAAUCAAAUAGACCUAGUGAAAUUACUAUGGCAAACCAUUCUAAUCAUCUGGGACAAAGCUCCAAUGGUACAUCAUCAUAUUCCAGAGUCAGUUGAAAAAAUGUUACGAGAUAUUAUAAAGAAUAACCCUCUUUUUGAUGGAAAAAUAUUUUAUUUCAGUGAAGAUUUUUGUCAGAAUUUUCUCUUUGAACAUGAACAU